GUCCGUAAAAGGUAAAUAAAAGGGAGAAACAUCCCAAGUAUUUGGCACGGCACCGAGUAAUAACAAAGGAAAAUGACAUCAAAAUUCGAUCUUUGAUUCAUCUGAAAUUGAGAUGCAUAUGCUGAACUGAUUCACUGAAGCAUCUUGAGUGCCAUAUUGUCUUGAAAAUCACUCGGAAGCAUGGUGGUCGAGGUAGAGCCAGACCUACCUCACGGUCACUGUGGUAGCUGCUAUAGCCGAGACUGCCAGGUCUCCCCCCAGCCCGGGAACGCUUGUAGUCUGGUCAACUGUGAGGUCGACUGCGGUGCCAGGUUUCAUCGAUGUAAGGAGGACGAACAUCGUCUUCUCUGCCCUAAUGCAAAGACUGAAUGCGUGAAUGCCAUCUAUGGCUGCCCUGUGGACAUACAGAGACGUCAUAUAUGCAGGCACCUGGAGGUCUGUCCAGCUAGCGUUGUUAAUUGUACUAUGGAAUGGAAUAGAUGGCCGGUCUAUGCCAGUGAACGACAGCCACAACAACCGCUACAGGUAGUGCCCGAUAACUUCAACCAGCUGGACAUAGCCCUGGCGCUGCGGGAUCAGCGCAUGUUGACCAAGUCCAUGAAGGCCUCGAAGCGAACACGUCAGAUUCUAACCAAUGCUUUGAAUCGUCGUCAUCCGGCCGUGCCUCUCGCUGCCCAGCACACCAACGACGUUCCUGAUUCGGAAGAGGAACACCGAGAGCUUGCCAGUCUAUUGCAGGUAAUGCAGGAUGAGAAGGAAGCAGCGGAUCGUGAGAGAGCGCGCACACCUCCCGGUCUGCAGCGCAGCAUAUGCAACGAGCUUUACCGAAAAACCCCUGCAAGCAACGGCACCGAUGCUGCGACACCUGCGCAACAAGAGUUCUAUCCUCUACCCAGAGACCCCUUCAUCCACUGCUCGCACUGCGCCCAUCGCAAGGAGCGACUGGACCGAAUCGUCGCAUCCAAAGCAGCGAUGCUCGAUCCUUACAAUGGUGCUUUAGCUGCAGAAGAAGAUCCCUCCCUGGUUGAGUAUGCCAUGACACCCCUACCUGAGCAUCAGAAUGGAUUUGCCCCAGACGGGGAUUGGUGCCCUGAUGGACUGUACCAUCGUGAAGGGAGGGAGGAUGGCAUCUUUCAUGAGGGAUUACCUGAGGCUGACAGACCUUCGUCACUCAACUCAACGUUAUCUAGCGAAGAAUCUGACAUCCAAACACCAGCCGUCUUCGUGACCCAGUCAACCACCGGCGACGUCUCUGCGGCGCCCACUAGGGGCCAUUCAAAGCCAAUCAUCAUCCAGCCGCCAGCGCUGUCAUCAUCAACGAACAAGAUUCACAGACUGUCUUCGUCAUCCAACGGAUCGCUAGAUAGUAGACACUCGCUGAGCCUUGAUCUCUCACUGGAGUCUAUUACUCGAUACCAGGCCAAACCAGACUCGAUGUAUACUUUCCUAUGUGCGCAGGAGUUCCGGCGAGACGAGUAUCCCUACCACUUCCAGAACGUCCACAGUGACAUCCACGGCGGGUUGAAUGGUUGGAUGGAACAGCGAUGUCCUCUGGCCCCUUAUGGGUGCACCUACUCACAACGCAGGCUCUACCCCGGAUCGCAGGGAGCUCACAUCAUCCACAGUGAGAACCUUGAGAGCUUUGGCCUGUGCCUUGAUGGCGGAGGAAAGAGUGGAAAGUCUGAGGUCUCUGGAUGUCACGCCAACGGUCAUUCUGCGAACCCUGAGAGCCAAAGUGAGAACCUGGAGACCAUUGGACUGUGCCUUGAUGGAGGACAGAGUGGAAAGUCUGAGGUCUCAGGAUGUCGCGCCAACGGUCAUUCUGCGAACCCUGAGAGCCACAGUGAGAGCCUAGAGAGCUUCGGAUUGUGCCUUGAUGGAGGACAGAGUGGAAAGUCUGAGGUCUCUGGAUGUUGCGCUAACAGUCAUUCUGCGAACCCUGAGAGCCUGAGCGUUGAAGGAAACACCAGGAACGGUGAAGAUGAAGGAGAAAGCUGCAAGUAUCCAAAGCUGGAGGCGGAGGCAAUGUCAGAAACUUUAGGAUGUAACGAUUUGAACCCUGAACAUGAUGAUAUACUGAAGACAAAUUGUAAUGUUUGUACCCCUGACACUAGCAAUAAUGAUACAUUACCUAAUGAGAACAGUACAGAAUCCAAGUGCAAUGCCUUAAAAGAUGGGAUCAAUACUAGACCAAAGGAUGUUUCUAUGGAGAUCGAGGACUCUGUUGAUAGAGGAUCAAGCGUGGAGUGUGCUUCCAAUGUGGCUAGUCUGGACCAAAGCGAGGAAAGAGUUACAGGAGCAUGCCAAGGGACUCUGGGUGCGCAACAGGAGAAGAGCAGUACUGAGGACUCUGUUGACAGAGGAUCAAGUGUCGAGUGUGCUUCCAAUGUAGCUAGUCUGGACCAAAGCGAGGAAAGAGUUACAGGAGCUUGCCAAGGGACACUAGGUGAGCAACAGGAGAAGAGCAGUACUGAAGAAUCCAUGCAGGAAACAUCGGAGGUCAAUAUGAACUCUGAGGAUCCAGAGGAUGCCCAAGCUGUGUCGAAGGUCACAGGAGCUGAUUAUUUCAGCCAACUGCCGUUUGAACUGCUGCGUUACCUGAUGAGGUUCUUGGAUCCCUUCACGAUCAACCACCUUGCGAUGGCUUCGAAGCUUCUGAGACAGGUCUGCUGCAGUCUGUUGGAGGAUCGUGGGAUGGUGGUCCUGCAGUGGGAGAAACACAAAGGACACUGGGAGACAACCAUGAAGGUGUGGCAUUUCAGCACGGCCUUCACUCCGGUCAAGACCUGGGGCUUUCAAGACAAUCCUCCCAUCGCUGAGCAUCUCAAACGGUGUCCUUACAACGUCCGCAACACGGCCACUCAACCGGUCAAGGUCAUGGGUCACGACGUGGCGAAGGUCAAACUGGAAUCGGCCAACGAUCCUCAGAAAGCGAAAGAACCCGAGCCGUUUCGACCUAGGCGUAGGAGAUUGCUCGAUAAUGAUGAUUAGUUUAGUAGAUCUUUGCUUUUUUAAAUUUUAAAUUGGAAACACUCAACUGGUCAAGGUCAG